AGCUCAAAAUGGACGCAACGACUUUGUUCAUUCUAUCCUUAGUUCUUACACCGGUUAUUAUAGAAGCAUGGCAAAAUUCAAGGUCGCUACGAGAACCGCGAGGUGAUGUUCACCAUCAUUCCAAACGCCACAUGCUUCCACGCGAAGUUCACGAAGCAAGACUUGACGCGAGGAAAAAGCGUCGAACAACCACGCAAAGGACCACGGAGCUAAGGAAAAAGCCGUCAGGACAUCUGAGACCACUUCAAGAGGACGAUAUGGAAAAUGACGAAGUUGUCUCAGUAGUUAUUGGACCGCCAGCGAUGCGGCCACAGUACGAAAGACUCAAUAAACACACUCCGAAACCAACUAACUGUACCGUAGCUAACGACUCAACUCCUAUAUCAACAAACCUCGUCAAAAACCUGCUAGUUCAACUAGGCAGAGAGUUUUUAACUCACCAAGUGAACGAGGACUUUGUUUUUGGACAGUACAUCGGUAACUCCAUGAGGAAUUUGACAAAUGAGUUCCGGCUAAAAAUGCAGCAUGAAAUUCUCGAUUUGGUAGUGAAGUACCAGAAGUUGAGUCGCGGUGAAUUAAAUAUGAGUGGUUUAAUAAAGUCGCCACCACACGAAGAGAUCAGUUCGCAGAUCAUAACCAGAGGUGUUAAAAUGGAAAAGAGAUUGAACGAAACGGAUGAAGUGUGGCCAGACUUUACGAAUUUAGCAAACAUCGUCGGUUAGACUGGGAGAGCAUAGCAAUGGCUAAUGUUGAUAAUCUCGGCAU